AUGAGUGGCAAAAUGAUGAUUUACAAGCUCGUCGUGUUGGGAGACGGAGGUGUAGGGAAGACUGCAUUGACCAUCCAGCUUUGUCUCAACCACUUUGUCGAGACUUACGACCCUACCAUCGAAGACUCGUAUCGCAAACAGACCGUCAUCGACGAUCAACCAUGCAUGCUCGAAGUGCUCGAUACCGCAGGCCAGGAAGAGUACACGGCGCUCAGAGACCAAUGGAUCCGCGAGGGCGAGGGCUUUCUGCUCGUCUAUUCGAUCUCGGCAAGGGCGACGUUCGAACGCGUCGAGAGAUUCCGCAGUCAGAUUUCGCGCGUCAAGGAUCAAGAGCCACAUACAGUACCCAUCAUGCUCGUCGGGAAUAAGUGCGACAAGGUCAACGAGAGGGAAGUCUCUAGGGAAGAGGGGCAAGCGCUUGCACAUCGCCUCGGGUGCAAAUUUAUCGAGUCGAGUGCAAAAACGUGCGUCAACGUCGAGCGCGCUUACUACACGGUGGUGCGCAUGAUCCGCGAACAGCGCGAAGGUACGGUAACGCACAAGAAGGAGAAGAAGAAGUCACGCUGCAACAUUCUUUGA